UUAUACCGAAAUGCGUCAACGCACGCCUUUCACAGUCGAUCUACUGCAUCUUUGUUUACAAACGAUCGUGCGAGGCAAGGUGUGGAUUGCUCAGCAAUGUCCAACAAACUGUUGCACAAGAAAAAGUCUUAAAGAAUCAUGAUGAGACCACACGAGGUCCACAGUCACUGCGGAUAAAAUGGCAGUCCGAAGAUGUCGGUACAAACUAAAAUUCAAAGUGAUGGUCAUCGGUACCUCCCUUCUCAUUGUGUUCACAGUCCAGUACGUCUUCCCUUUGAUGUACAGAAUUAUAAUCGGAGACACUCACGGCUCUUCCAAGAGAAAAUCUUACUCCAGAUCAUUCACGACUAGUAAUGUACAGCAUCAGAUCUAUGCAAAUGAGGUGUGUAAGGUGCCCAGACUUCAAGUUUACAGUGCUUCCAUUAGACAUGCCACUCGUUCCAUGGAGAAACCUCUCAUGUGCAACGGAACAAACUUGUUUUAUUUCAAAGAUAAAAUUCUGUUCAUAAACAGAAGUGUUCUACAUCCAAACCACAAUAUCUUAGACUUAUAUGAGUUCAAAACCAGAAAAAUUGAAAAAGAUGAUCAACCAGUGUUAAAAGCAUGUGAAUUUAAGGGAAUAGAGAGAGUAACAGAUGUGUUUUACACGUACACAGAGGGCAUCAUCAAAGAGGAUGGAUCGUUUAAUAUGCUAAUUAAACACGACUUCGUACGCGUGAAAUGUCUACUGAAUUCUACAGUCAAUCUGAUCAUUUCGGAGGAACAAGAAGUAGAUAAAAACAUUAGCAAUGACGACUUUAAUAAUGGAGCCGAGGAUCAAACUGGAUCUAAGAGUAACAUCUUUGAGGGAUCUUUUGUCGACUUUGACCAGUUUUUGGUCCAAGUUUAUCCUCGAGAAGAUGUAUUCAAAAGAGCAUCUGGAUUGCAGAAUUCCGACCAAAUGAAUGUGAUGUUGAUUGUGCUCGAUUCCAUGUCUCACAUGUCCUUCCGUAGAAAAUUGCCGAAAACUUACAGCUACUUAAAGAAAAAUUUGGCAGCCACUGUUCUGAAUGGAUAUAACAUUGUAGGCGAUGCCACGUUGGCCUCAUUGAUACCGCUGUUAACAGGUAAAACAGAAUUAGAAUUACCUGAGGUUAGGAGAAGCCAGGAGGGAUCUUAUUAUGUAGACUCUUAUCCUAUGAUCUGGAAUGACUUCAGGAAAAAAGGAUACGUCACCAUGUUCGCUGAGGACGAACCCUCCAUUGGCACUUUUAACCUGAGGUUUAACGGCUUCAAAGAAUCCCCAACAGACCACUACAUGAGGCCAUUUUGGCAGGCUCUCUGGGAUUCUGAACUCCGAGAAAACAGCAAUAAGUACUGCACAGGUGGCAUGCCACAUCAUCAAUUUCUGCUCGAGUAUCUGAAAGACUUCCAUGUGAAGUAUCGGAACAUUUCUAAGUUUUCCCUCACUUUUUUUUCUGAACUUACACACUGGGACAACAAUCCAGGAGAGUAUCUGGAUACAGAUUUCGUGAAUUCUUUGAAAAUGUUCAGCAAACUUGGAUUUCUUGAUGACACGCUGCUGGUUGUUAUGGGAGACCAUGGUGCUAGGUACGGAAAGGUCAGACACACAGUGCAAGGAAAAAUGGAAGAGAGGCUUCCUUUUUUGAGCCUGCAUUUUCCACAUCGAUUCAAACUUAAGCAUCCUCAUUUGAUAAAACAACUAGCAUUAAAUGCUGACAGAUUGACAACCCCCUUUGAUGUUCAUGAAACUCUUAAGGAUGUCCUUGAUUCAUCGAGGCUGUAUCAUUCCGAAAUAGUGACACGAGGAAUAAGUCUCGUUCAGGAAAUUCCAGCCAAUCGUAAUUGUGCCUCAGCUCAUAUUGACAUACACUGGUGUUCUUGUUUAGUUCAGAGUCAAGAAGACACAAGUAGCAGGAUUGUAGCAACUUUAGCUAAGGAACUUCUUCAUUACAUCAAUGAGUUGACACAGCCAAUGAGGGAUAUGUGUCAAGAACUUUCAAUGGGUGAAAUAAAAUCAGUAUACUUGAUUAGUCCAAAUGAAAAGGUUUUAAAAUUUCUGAAAACUGUGGAUGCUGAUCAAAGAGUUGCCAACUUCAGCGCAGAAAUAAAUGUAGACGUUGCACAUUACCAGAUAAUGAUGGAAACUCUCCCAAACUAUGCACAGUACGAGGGCACUGUCGCAAGGAACUUUAAAUACCAAACUUAUGAAAUAUUCCGUGACAUCAGUAGAUUAGAUCACUAUGGUAACCAAUCUGCUUGUGUGAUGAAACAGUAUCCUGAUCUCAGAAAAUUUUGUUACUGCAGAUAAUAUGCUGCAUCAUCGUUUAUGGGGAGCGGAGUGGACCGAAAACCCUUGGCUAGCGAAGAUGAGAGACGGUCAGAUAUUACAAUUGAUAUCACACUGACCAAAGCUAAAUUAUUGGACUGAACAAAACGCAGACACCACAGGGAUUAAUAUUUAAGCUCUAUAUAGCUGUACUAGUGCUUAAGGAAUAGCGAUACAUCUGUAACUUGUAAACUGAGCUUAAAAAUCAUAAUCAAUAUGGAAGAAAAGUGCUCCUUCGUGAUGACACUAAAUCGAGCAAUAUAUCUAUACCACCACUCCAGUGAAUGGAAUUCCAUUUAUAACAGUUAACUGGUUACUGCAUGUAAUCAAAACAAUAAAAUAAAAUGCUUUCUGUGUUUAUCAGGUAAUGAAAGUAGCAAGCAUUGCUUAAGCAGAUUAUGAAAUUUUUUUCUGCAAUGUUUGCUAUCUUCAUUUCCCAAUAAAACAACAAUUUGAAAGAAGUACAUUUUUUUGUUUAUAUUUUUUUUUAAAACUGGAUCGAACUAGUUUGCAACAAUCAUGUAUUUAUUGACUAUGAUGAGCCCCACCCUAACCCCAUUGUACAUAUUUAAACGAACAAAAUAUGUUUUAGAAACAUAUAUGACCCCACCCCCUCUUUGGGCAAUAUUGCAAAGGUCAACUUUUCAUCAAGAAUGUCUGUAGUGAUAUUGAGAGCCAUGGGUUAUCUACUAGUCGGUAUAACCAUAAUGAAGUUUAAUCUCUCAAGAUUCUGAGCAGAUCCAUUUCUAAAUCACCAUUCAAUUGAAUCGUGAUCUUUGACCUUGUGAUCCGAAAACCAAUGGGGCCCCAUCUACUCUUUAGGGGGCACCAGCGUACAAAUUUUUUAUGUCUGUCAAGGAAAUGGUUUUCGAGAUAUUGAGUGGACAAUAUCUUAUCACGCCUAGUUUGACCCUUGACCUUGUGAUCUUAAAAUCCAUACAGGUCAUCUACUCCUUAGGUAGAACCAGUGUACCAAGUUUGAUGUCGGUCAAAUAAAACAUUCUCAAGAUAUGAGCAGAAAAUAUCUUACCAAGUCCAGUUUGACCCUUGACCUAAAAAAUAGGAGUUAAUUAUCUACUCUCUAGGGGCAACCACUGUACCAAGUUUGGUUACUAGAUAUGAAUGGGCAAUUGUCUUGCGUCCAGAGAAGUUUGACCUAUGACCUUUAAAUCAAUAGGAGUCAUAUACUCCUAACCAAGUUUGAUGUCUGUCAAGAAAAUUGAGGGUUCUCAAGAUAAUGAUCAGAGAAUACCUUACUAUGUCCAGUUUGACCUUGACCCAUUAGGAGUUUUCUACUGCUUAGCAGAAGUCAGUGUACCAAGUUUUAUGUCUGUCAAGCAAAUGGCGCUUAUAUGAUAUAGAGUGGACAAUAAUUUAUUUAAUGUAGAGUUUGACCCUUGACCUUGUGAUCUCAAAACCCAUAUGGGUCAUCUACUCCAGUUUGACCUUGUCAUUGUGAUUUGAAAAUCAAUAGGGGUUAUCUACUUCUUAGAAGUCAAUGCAGCAAGUUUUAUGUCAAGCAAAGGAUUCUCAAGAUGUUGAGCAGAAAAUAUUUUAUCAGGCCCAUCAAAAUGCACCAUUAUCUACUCUUUACAGGGAUAAUAAAGGUCAUUUUCUUCAAAAUGGGGCAUAAAAAGAUUUUCAAAUUUUACCAAGUAUAACUUGUAAUGUAACCCCUACGUAAAUCUUUACUAGCUGAGAAUGCCUACUUAUUAACAUGUCUAUUCCCAUGAUUUAAUUUUUUUUUGGUCCCCCUACUGUGGCCCAAUCCAACCUCAGGGAGUCACAAAUUGAACAAGCUAGCUCUGAACUACUUGAGGAUGCUUGCUCAUUAAUACAUAUAGCAAAUUAUUGCCCUGUUGCUAAUGAGAAAAAGAUUUUCAAAAUUUUUCCUCAAAAACUUUGAUCUUAUGUUGUUGCCCCAUUCCACCCACGACGGACUUCAUUUGAACAUACUUGAAUCUGCUUUACCUGAGGAGGCUUGAAUUUGAAUAGAACUUAUCAAGACCCUGUAAACAGUUGGUUUUGAGAAGUUUCCUAUAUAUCCUCAUGUAAAAUCUGCUAUUGUGGCCCCACCAUACCCCUGGGGGGCAUGAUUUGAACAAUUUUGAAUGUUUUAAGGAAACUUCCACAUAAGUUUUGCCUUUUCUAGCCCAGUGGUUCUUGAUCAGAUUUUUAGCAUGCCAAAGCUGAUUUCUGAUCACUUUUUGUUCGGUGUUCAUCUGUCUGGACACCAGUCAAAAGGUGAUCAGAAAAGCUCAUUUAGCUUUCAGCUCAGGUGAGCUCAUAAAAAGUGACAAAGAUUAAAUUGAUUA